UGGUGCGGGUGGCAGCGGCGGCGGCGGCGGCGGCGGCGGGGCGCGCGGGCAGGGGCAGCGGCGCGAGCGAGCCGAGGCCAGUCCCGGGGGCGGGCAGCGGCGAGGGCCGAGCGGCGAGGCCCGGCUGCGGGGGCCGCUCGGGCCCGGACGAGCCCCGCGCCGCGCUCAGCCCGGCAGCCCCGCGCCCUGAGCAUCUCCCGGAGGCGCGGAGACAAAGGAGGAUUCAUGUCCAAAGGGCUCUCGGACGCAGCCAUGUCAGAGCUGGUGCCUGAGCCCAGGCCGAAGCCGGCAGUGCCCAUGAAGCCCGUGAAUGUCAGCGUCAACUCCAGCCUGCUGGGCUACGUGGGCAUUGACACCAUCAUCGAGCAGAUGCGCAAGAAGACCAUGAAGACGGGCUUCGACUUCAACGUCAUGGUCGUGGGUCAGAGCGGGCUGGGCAAGUCCACGCUGGUGAACACGCUCUUCAAAUCCCAGGUGAGCCGCAAGGCCUCCAGCUGGAACCGAGAGGAGAAGAUCCCCAAGACGGUGGAGAUCAAAGCAGUGGGGCACGUGAUAGAGGAAGGCGGCGUCAAGAUGAAGCUCACGGUCGUGGAUACCCCGGGCUUUGGGGACCAGAUCAACAACGAGAACUGCUGGGAGCCCAUUGAGAAGUACAUCAACGAGCAGUACGAGAAGUUCCUGAAGGAGGAGGUGAACAUCGCCCGGAAGAAGCGCAUCCCCGACACGCGCGUGCACUGCUGCCUCUAUUUCAUCUCCCCCACCGGACACUCCUUGCGGCCGCUGGACCUGGAGUUCAUGAAGCACCUCAGCAAAGUCGUGAACAUCAUCCCGGUCAUCGCCAAGGCCGACACCAUGACGCUGGAGGAGAAGUCGGAGUUCAAGCAGAGGGUUCGCAAGGAGCUCGAAGUGAACGGCAUCGAGUUCUACCCCCAGAAGGAAUUCGACGAGGACCUGGAGGACAAGACGGAGAAUGACAAAAUUCGGGAGAGCAUGCCCUUUGCCGUGGUGGGGAGUGACAAGGAGUACCAAGUGAACGGCAAGCGUGUGCUCGGCAGGAAGACGCCCUGGGGAAUCAUUGAAGUGGAGAACCUCAGCCACUGUGAAUUUGCCCUGCUUCGUGACUUCGUGAUCCGGACCCACCUCCAGGACCUCAAGGAAGUGACGCACAACAUCCACUACGAGACCUACCGGGCCAAGCGGCUCAAUGACAACGGAGGCCUCCCCCCGGGAGAAGGUCUCCUGAGCACUGUCCUUCCACCGGUGCCAGCCACCCCCUGCCCCACAGCUGAGUGACGGCCCUUCCAAGCGCCGCUUCUCCCGCCACGCCUGGCGGCUCUUAGAGCUGCCCGGGCCGUGGCCUUUGGGGCGCUGAGGGGGGCCGCCCCGAGCAGGCGGCAGCGGCUGGCUGCCUCCCUAGGACACCUUGCUUCCUCCACGCUCCACGCCACCACCCCCUCCCUGUGGAAGGGAGCUCUCGCCGCACUGCCCUCCAUCGUCUGUGUCCGCCGGUCCCGGCCUGUCUGUGGGGUGAAGGAACUCACCAAGAGCUGCUUCUGCCCUUGCUACCCCAUGCCAGCCACCUGUGACCAUCUCCCAGGGCACGGCCCCCUCCCCGCUCGCUGCAUGCGCCGCUCUUGGAUCCCCCGCAGGGGCCAAGAAGGCAACCUUGCUUCUUGUCAGAUUUGUGGACGUCAGCUGUGUGAGCCCCGAUGUGGAACAAGGGUGUCUCCUGCAUUACCUAAGGCUUAUGUGUCAGGAUGGAUCAUUCCAGAAGGGGGAGCAAGGGCUAGGAUUGCUUUUUUUUUUUUUUUU